GGAAGUGCAUCACUGCUCAGUUACGUGUCACGUCGGAAGGUUCUGUACAAAAAUAUCACUGGCUGCUUAAUUUUUACCACGAGAUGUGAUCUUUCUUUGACGUCGGACCUACCCUCGUUCUUCAGAUAUCGUUCUUCAGAUAGUGCCUGUUUGAACUCUGCCUGUGUUGAUGGAGUGUCUCGUGCCUGUCUGACGGGUUUCGGUCAGGAUGAGUGGCGUGGCGCUUGCGCUGGAGGUGGUGGUGGUCUUCUUCCUCGCGCUCUUCUUGCUCCACCGAUAUGGAGAUUUUCGCAAGCAGCAUCGGAUGGUCCUGUUCGCCACUCUCCUCGCCUGGUUCCUGUGCUUCCUCAUCAUCGUCUUCAUCCUCCCGCUGGACGUCAGCACGACCAUAUAUAACCAGUGUAAGAAGGAUAAUCAAGUCAACCUGGUGCCGAGCAAAACUUCCAAUCGUGAUAAUUCCUCCAACUCUUCGGUAUUUCCGACACAAAGGCUCCCAAAGACGUGCCAUAAGCCUUGGAGUUACAUCCCAGAUGGAAUUCUGCCUGUUUUUUGGAGGGUGGUGUACUGGACGUCACAGUCCCUGACAUGGCUCUUGAUUCCCUUCAUGCAGUCGUACGCACGUUCAGGAGGCUUUUCCAUCUCCGGAAAGAUAAAAACAGCUCUGAUAGAAAACGCUAUUUAUUACGGCACAUACCUGCUCAUCUUCUGCUCCCUGCUCAUCUACGUUGCCGUCAAUCCGAAGUGGCAUCUCACCUGGUCAGACUUGCGGACGAUCGGCAUUACCGCCGCCAACACCUGGGGCCUGUUCCUGCUGGUGUUGUUGUUGGGAUACGGCCUGGUGGAAAUCCCUCGCUCCUAUUGGAGGGCGUCGUGCCAUGGGCAGCUGCUGGCAAAGACGUAUUUUAAAGCAGCAAAACUGAUGACGGAAAAAGCAGAUGCCGAGGAAAACCUGGAAGACGUCAUGGAGGAUGUCAAAACAGUAAAUGAGACGAUCAAAUACAAUCAUCCACUACGCAAAUCCAUUGACACUAUUCUGAAAAAGUGUCCUGUAGAAUACCAGGAAAAGAUGGGCAGGAACAUGGACGAUUAUGAGGACUUUGAUGACAAAGGAAACCCUUAUCCUAGUAAAAAAAGUUUAGUUAAAUUACAUAAACAGGUGAUCUAUGCUGUUCAGAGGCAUAACCGUACACAAGUUCAGUGGCAGAUACUAUUGGACGAGGCUUUUCACUUAGAGGAUGUGGCCAAAAAUGAGACGAGCCCCACCCACCAGUUCGUUCACAGCUUCCCCACUGCAGAACCACCUGGAUGGAUCAGCAAGUACCUGUACACACCCACCAUGGAGUGGUACUGGGAGUGUGUUUUCCGGCGGUGGUGUUAUCGUGUGCUGGCUGUGGUUUUGUGCAUGUUUUCUGCAGCCGUGGUCUGGUCCGAAUGCACCUUCUUCAGCACACAACCCGUUUUAUCUCUCUUCGCCGUCUUCAUCCAGCUCGCAGAGAGGGAGUACAAUUACGUUUACAUAGAGAUGGCGUGUUUUGUCACCAUAUUCUUCUUGUGUUACUGCGUGUACUCCACUGUGUUCCGGAUCCGAGUCUUUAACUACUAUUACCUGGCCCCUCACCACCAGACGGACGCCUACAGCCUGCAGUUCAGCGGCAUGUUGUUUUGCCGUUUGACCCCUCCGCUGUGUCUGAACUUUCUGGGUGUGAUUCACAUGGAUUCCACCAUCUCCCAUCAGGACAGAGAGAAGACCGCGUACAACUCAAUAAUGGGAUCCAUGCAGGUCCUGUCAUUCAUCGCAAAUGGAUUUUACAUUUAUUAUCCUAUGCUUAUCGUUUUGCUCUGCAUCGCAACUUACUUCAGUCUGGGCACACGCUGUCUCAAUUUGCUGGGCUUUCAGCAGUUCAUGGGUGAGAAUGAUCUGACCUCUGACCUGGUGGACGAGGGAAGAGAACUCAUCCGGAGAGAAAGAAGAAAACGGCAGAGAACAGAGGAUGGCGAGAGCAGACGGAGAGAAUGGAGGGAACGCUAUAGUGAACAGAGGGAAAGAUACGGCGGGAGGAACAGAAGCACAUACUCUGAGCUGAAGGAGACCGACGGCCCCGGCACGGACACUGGCAGAGCUCAGUCCCGCAGGGAUCGAAGUGACAAAGCCGAGUUGCUUCAGGAUGUUGAACCGUUAGACUUCACUGGAGAAGAACCACCGGAAACAGAUAACAGGAGGUACGCUGGAGGACAUUACCUCUCGACCUCUGCUUCUCGUGCACGCAUCUUUGAUGACGUUUGAGAGCAAGGAGAACAAUGAAGGGAAACUGUUUGCACUUUUUAAUAUUCACACUCUUCCUGAAGUGUCCAGUGAGCUUUAACGCUUCUGUCUUUCUGUAAAGUCUUUUGUGUGCGUGUGUGUGUGUGUGCGUGUGCGUGUUCUCCUUUAUCUUCCAUUGCCCCUUUGCUUCUAGAUGAAGCCAAAACAGCAUACAGCACAUAGACGGUUCACUGAAGGAUCAUUAUCAUGUGGCUGAAAAGGGAAAGAAAAGGGUCACAUUUUCAUUAAAAGCCUAAUUUGAAGUAUAUAUAUAUAUAUAUAUAUAUAUAUAUAUAUAUAUAUAUAUAUAUAUUUUUUUUUUUUUUUUUUUUUUUUUUUUUUUUUUUUUUUUAUUUACUGAAUACAUGAACAAGGGAUUUUUUGUUCACACAGAUGCAUGAGGUCUUACUGGGUCCUGACCUGUGUGCCCUGCUUUGACCUCUGACCUUUUACCCCCAGGAUGGGAAUGUGUUUGACCAGUAAAUGACCUACAGAAAAUACUUUUGUUUAACUGUUUUGUUUAAUUAUUCAUUAUUUAAUAGAUCAAGACCUCAAAGUUACUGGUGAGAUGAUUGAUAACAUUUCUCAUUUAGUCACUGUAAACUUUAAAUCUCUGAACAAACGGUGAAAGAUGUCUGAAUGCAUAUAACAUGGAAACUGUUUUACUUUUUCAUUUAUGUUCUAUUUAUUAUCAAUGUCCCUGAAUGAAUAUUAAAUAACUGCUCAGAGCUACUGACACGGUGAAUGAUGAUUUGUGCUUUUUUUGGGACGAGACAUACAUCUGUAUUGCAGCUAUUUUAAUUAUUUUCUGCUUUGUGUUCAUGUUUUCAUUUCCUCAAUACCUCAAAUAAAAAUAUUCUUGAGAUCUUAA